CUCUUUACGGGGCCUAUGGCGUUCACCACCGCGCCAUGCGGGUCCUUAUAUGGUAUGUCAGACACUCAAGCGGAUGCUGUAAAGAAAGUUCGUAUAGCCGUAGCAGGUUGUGCCCAUGGUGAAAUGGACAAGAUCUAUGCCGUUUUAGCUGAGAUAGAGAAGGAAAAGGGUUGUAAGUUUGAUCUACUCGUCUGCUGCGGAGAUUACCAGGCAGUGCGAAACUAUGGAGAUCUUCACCAUAUGCAUGUUAGCGAGAAGUACCGGUCGUUACAAACAUUUUAUAGGUACUAUUCUGGGGAAAAGGUGGCUCCGAUCCUCACAGUAUUUGUUGGUGGCAAUCAUGAAGCAUCAGGUUAUUUGGUUGAACUUCCGAAUGGUGGAUGGGUUGCGCCGAACAUUUACUAUAUGGGUUUUGCCAAUGUUGUUAGGUUCGCUGGUCUACGCAUUGCGGGAUUAUCAGGAAUAUUCAAUGCAAAAGAGUUUUAUCGAGGUCACUAUGAGUGUCCACCGUACUCUGAUCAAUCCGAGGUUGUAUCCUCAUAUCACGUUAGAAACAUUGAUGUUUGGCGACUAAGACAGUUACGGCCUGUCGAUGGAGACUAUACCAGUAACCCUAUUGAUAUCAUGGUGACUCAUGACUGGCCAGCUGGAAUUGUGGAUUACGGUGAUAAGAGUUGGCUUCUAAAAGUGAAGCCAUUUUUUCGUAAUGACGUUGUCUGUGGAAAACUCGGAAAUCCAGCUACAAUGAAGCUAUUAUUUGACAUUCGACCCCGCUAUUGGUUAUCGGCGCAUCUCCAUGUUGCAUUCGCGGCUUUGGUUCCGCAUACAGCGAAAGAUGGCGCUAGAGCUGCCGCUCCUACGCGAUUUCUGGCACUGGACAAACCGAUUCCUCAAAGACAUUUUGUCCAGGCACUCGAAAUGGAUAUUGCAGCUGAUGCUGAACUUAAGCUAUCGUAUGAUCCACAAUGGCUUGCGAUAUUAAAACUUACUGAUAGUUUUACCAGCAUUUCGUCAUCGAAUAUUUAUCUCCCGUCAUCUUCGAAUUCCGAUGAACAAUGGGAUUUUCGACCAACAAAUGAGCACUUAGCUUCUAUCAAUGAAUUCGGUGACCUUACUAUUCCUGAAAACUUUCGACAAACCGCUCCUCCUCUUAAAAAAGACACACCGGAAUCGCGAAAUGCAAAGCCAACCCCGUAUUACAGGAAUCCACAGUCUGCAGAGUUUUGCUCUCGAUUUGGGAUCGCUGACCUCAACAAAAUGCUUGCUGAGAGAAAUCGAGACAACGUUGACAUCCCGUACUAUAUUUUGGAAGAGAAUAAGACUGAUUCCAAUGAGAUCGUUAUUGACAAUGAUGUAAGACUUCACUUCAUUUUCUACUAUUCAAUUUUUUUACAUAUUUACUUCUUCGUGGUAUUCAAGCUAUAG